AUGUCAUCUAAAAUGCUGGGGCAUAUUUACACCAAAAAGAGUAAAAAUUCAGCGCAGCUGGAAGAAGAUUCUUUAGCAGCAGUCGAUAAAUCCGAUUCGAACGGAUUGAAGUUGAAAGUAAUUGCCUUGAAUGUAUUACUGAAGACACUAUCGGUGGACAACGCAAUAGAUAUACUGAUGAUAGCAGAUACAUGCCAUGCAGAUCAAUUGAAAUCACACGUGCUCAGGUUUAUUGUCAGUAAAGCAGCCGAAGUUUUGAAUUCAGAGGGGUGGAAAAAAAUGCAGUCAUCGAAAUCACAACUGACAGUUGAAGCGAUGCUGGCCAUAGCGGCGAGUAUUGAUCCUAGAAAUAUAAUUAUGGCCAAGUAA